AUGGUCAAGACACUUCCUUUCGCGGACAUUCAAGUCCCCACGCCUGGCCUGGGUUGCAUGGGCAUCAGCUUCGGGUACGGUCACAGCCUCACGUACGAGCAAGCGGAGCCUGUGCUUCUCAAGGCUAUUGAGUUGGGAUGUACCUUCUGGGACACCGCUGUGAGUACAAUAUAGUCCCUCUAACCGGAAAAGAGCCCAGACUGAGCCAGAUUCUUUCUUUCUUCCUUCCCAGGUCGUCUACAAAGCCGGCCUCAACGAAAAGCUCCUCGGCGACUUCAUCCGCAAGCACAACGUGCGGGACCAGAUCUUCAUCGCGUCCAAGUGUGGCUUCGACUGCUUCAACGAGGACGCUUCCAAACGGGGCAUCACGAAUUCCGCGGCGCAUAUCACGGCGUAUAUCGAGGGGACGAUUGAGCGGCUCGGGUUCGCGCCGGAUCUGUAUUACUUGCAUCGUAUUGAUCCGAGUGAGUUGGACCACCAUCAUUCCGGGCUUGGGUUUUUGGUGGGAAGGAAGUGGGAUGCUGACUGAUCUCGGUGUGAACAGACACGCCGCUUGAGGAGUCCAUUCCGGCUCUGGAUGAGAUUCGCAAGGCCGGGAAGACGAAGUACAUUGGUCUCUCCGAGUGCUCGGCCAAGACUCUGCGCAAGGCCAAUUCGAGUAAGUACCCAGGAAAUGCGUACUCGUACUGAGUAUACAGAUCAGAUCGCUAACACCUCUUCUCUCCUUCUCCCUCUACAGUCGCCAAGAUCGACGCCGUGCAAGCGGAAUAUUCCGCCUUCGAGACGGUCCACGAAACAGACGGCCUCCUGGACACGGCCCGCGAACUGCACGUCGCCUUCGUCGCCUACAGCCCGCUAGGCCACGGCUGGCUCGUCGACAACUUCGACUACAACUCCCCCGAAGAAUUCGCGUCGGACGACUUCCGCCGCACGAUCCCGAAAUUCCAAGGCGAGAAUUUCUACAAGAACAAGGCCAUCGUGGAGGAGGUCAAGACGCUCGCCACGCGCAAGGGCUGCACGCUGCCGCAGAUUGCCCUGGCGUGGGUCGCCUCGCAGGGCAUGAUUGCCAUUGCGGGCACCACGAAGCCGCAGCGCUUGGCGGACAAUUGGGGCUCCAGGGGCGUGGAUCUUACGGCGGAGGAGCAGAGGGAGAUGAGGGCUGUGAUUGAUAAGGCGAAGCCUGUGGGGAAUCGGCAUAAUGAGGCUAGUGCGAAGAUGGUGGGACAUUGA